AGGGAGGGUCUUCUUGGGGCCGUCGUGCCCCGCCCCAGUCCGGCCGCGGCGCGGGUUCGAGCUGCUGCUCGGCAGGCCUGGGUGUCUGGGGCAUGAGCGGGGUGUGGGGGGCCGGCGGGCCUCGGUGCCAGGAGGCGCUCGCGGUCCUCACCUCGCUGUGCCGAGCCCGGCCGCCCCCUCUCGGGCUGGACGUGGAGACUUGUCGGAGCUUCGAGCUGCAGCCCCCAGAACGGAGUCCCAGCGCGGCAGGCGCAGGCACCUCUGUCAGCCUCCUCGCAGUUGUAGUUAUUGUGUGUGGCGUGGCCCUGGUGGCAGUUUUUCUCUUUCUCUUUUGGAAGCUGUGCUGGAUGCCCUGGAGGAACAAGGAGGCCUCCAGUCCCUCUUCUGCUAAUCAGCCCUUGGAAGCCCUCCAGAGCCCCAGCUUCAGAGGCAACAUGGCGGACAAGCUGAAGGACCCCAGCACCCUGGGCUUCCUGGAGGCGGCCGUGAAGAUCAGCCACACAUCCCCAGAUAUCCCAGCUGAGGUGCAGAUGUCGGUCAAGGAGCACAUCAUGCGUCACACGCGGCUGCAGCGGCAAACUACAGAGCCAGCCUCAUCCACCAGGCACACGUCCUUCAAGCGCCACCUGCCAAGGCAGAUGCACGUCUCCAGUGUAGACUAUGGCAACGAGCUUCCACCAGCAGCAGAGCAGCCCACCAGCAUUGGCCGCAUCAAGCCUGAGCUCUACAAGCAGAAGUCGGUGGAUGGGGACGAUGCCAAGUCUGAGGCCACCAAAAGCUGCGGGAAGAUCAACUUCAGCCUACGUUAUGAUUACGAGACCGAGACCCUGAUUGUGCGUAUCCUGAAGGCUUUUGACCUCCCUGCCAAGGACUUUUGCGGAAGCUCUGACCCUUAUGUCAAGAUCUACCUCCUGCCUGACCGCAAAUGCAAGCUGCAGACCCGGGUGCACCGCAAGACCCUGAACCCCACCUUUGAUGAGAACUUCCACUUCCCUGUGCCCUAUGAGGAGCUGGCUGACCGCAAGCUGCAUCUCAGUGUCUUUGACUUCGACCGCUUCUCCCGCCAUGACAUGAUUGGUGAGGUCAUCAUGGACAACCUCUUUGAGGCCUCUGAUCUGUCUCGGGAAACCUCCAUCUGGAAGGACAUCCAAUAUGCCACAAGUGAAAGCGUGGACUUGGGAGAGAUCAUGUUCUCCCUUUGCUACCUGCCCACAGCGGGCAGGCUCACCCUCACGGUGAUUAAGUGUCGGAACCUCAAGGCCAUGGACAUCACAGGCUAUUCAGAUCCCUAUGUCAAAGUGUCCCUGCUUUGUGAUGGGCGGAGGCUGAAGAAGAAGAAAACAACCAUAAAGAAAAACACACUCAAUCCUGUCUACAAUGAGGCCAUCAUCUUUGACAUUCCCCCGGAAAACAUGGAUCAAGUCAGCCUGCUCAUCUCAGUCAUGGACUAUGAUCGAGUGGGCCACAAUGAGAUCAUAGGAGUCUGCCGUGUAGGGAUCAAUGCCGAAGGCCUGGGUAGGGACCACUGGAACGAGAUGCUGGCAUACCCCCGGAAGCCCAUCGCACACUGGCACUCCUUGGUGGAGGUAAAGAAAUCCUUCAAAGAGUGGCAGGGCCGAGCUGCUAGCUUCGACAGUGAGAGCUCGUGCCCAUCGCCGAAGCCACCUCCGACACCAUGAGUUGUGCGGCCAAAUAACACAAAUGGGACUCAGCAAUGUUCUCUUUGCACUUGUUCAACCGUCUAAACAGUGUUGUGCAGUCGCAGUGGCGGCAGCAGUGGCAGCCGUCCGUCACUCCAGAGUCUUACCUGCUCCUGUGUAGGUCAAGGCUGAGACACUUGUCGUGUGGUCAGAUCUGUCUUAGUCUUUUCUGUCUCCCAAGGUGAUGUUUUUGUGGUUUUUCACUUUUUAUGGGUCUCCUGUUAAGAAAAAAAAAAAAAAAAAAAGAGUAGGAAAAGACAAAGGGUGGAAAGCCCAGAAGUUGGUUCUAGAAAAUACAAUGUACAGUUUUUUGGAAAGAGGUGGAUUGAGUUUCUGAAAUGCUGUGUCUCCAGCAAGCUCCACAACCCUGGAAAAGGAGGACGCUCAGUGGGACUGCGGUUGCAUUUUCAGUGCCCUGCAGGAAUGAGGUGAAUCCAUGGAAGAGCCUUUGUGAGGCGAAUUACUAGUCUUUGAAGCUCUUCGCUGGAGGGACAGAAACCACGUUGGGACCAUCAGUCCCAUGUUGAAAUCACAAGACCUCUGAGGUGCUUGUGAGCCUUCAGCUGAAGUGCAGGAUUCCUUGCUGGUUUUCCCCAUGAAUUGAAAACGUCUUGAUUCUUCAUGGGAACUUAAUCACUUUCUUUAGGAAUGAUUCCGCCGAAACUAAACACGCCAUAUGUUUUCUGAUGCGCCACAGUUAGUGAUCCUAUUUGUUUGAAAACAGGAUCUUUGUUCUCAGAAAUAACCUUCCUUGUAAAGUAGGAGAGACACAUACGUUCUGGAAUGAUUUCUGCAUUAUACAUAGCUUUAUAAUUCCAUGAGGUAUCAAGUCGCUGUUUAAAAUGCCUAAACAGAUUAAAGAAUAACCUAGAUUAAAUGUUCUUUUCCAGAUGGGGAGUUUUGAAAUCCAAGUAGCAGUUUGAGUCCAUCUUUCCAUGAAGAGUAUCUUUUUGAUUGAAAUUGAGUGAGCGUAAGCCUAUUUCAGCCCCUUUGGCUCUGGGACAAUAUUCAUCUUAAACUUUAGUUCUAUAAAUUACUAAGUACUUCAGUGUUGUUUGUUUCAGUGGUUGUGAGGGUUUCUUGUUUCCUUUAGAUCUCUACCUUAGGCCAAACUCAAUUUAGGAAAAAAAAAUGGUUUGAACUAUUCUGCGUUGUAAUAGCACAUUUCUGUUGAGUUAAUAGUGUUCUUCGCACCAACCCCUAAAACCAGGCUGAUUUGCUCAAUCUCAGUUUGUGCAACCCCAGUAAGCGCGUGGAGGUGAGUUUCUACGUUGACUUGUGGCAGCACAAUGCCAGUUUCCAGAGCUGUGUGUACUACUUGCAAGAAGCAAGUCUGCUGAAGAACCCCUUCUUUUAACAGUGGAAAAUCAAGAACAGAAAAUCUGUUCACACAUCCGUGUCUUAUUCUUUAUAUACGUUACAUGGUAGAGGAGCAGCGACCAAUAAAGCAUCCCUCACUUUAAAC